GAUAGAUAACUUCCAAUGUUGUUCAGUGUCAAGAUAAGAUUUCAAAGAGAUCUCAAAAUUUUCUCUCAAAACCCGUAAAAUCCCCGAGCUUUGAUGGCAGCAAUGUUGCUUCAAUCCAACUAAGGCUUCUGGUUUUUCGAUUGCAAAUAUGAAUUUCUCGUCAAGUUUUCGCGGGAAUUUUAGUUUGUUGUCGCAGUGUAGUACUUGCUGUCAUGUUCGUCUCCAGCCACUUUUAGCUUCUUUACAUGUUCCUCGCCCAGAGCGCUGUCGUUUUGCAAGUUUUAAUUCAUACCAGGUUUCAAGAUUUUGCAGGAAGAAGAGAGAGACUGUUUGUAGAGUAACUGAGACAGAUACUGAACCAGAUAGUAAUAAUGAUAAGGAAAAAGAAAUAAAUAAAGAUGGGGAGAACCCACCUGCCACUGAUAGCAAUCAGGAAAAUGAUAAACCUGAGCUCGAUUCACGGCUUAAUGCUGUAAAUCAGAUAACCAGCAGUGAUGCACAAACAAAUAGUCUAGGUGGUGGACUGCAGGAUGUCGAUGAUGUUGAAGUUGCUAGUGGAUCCCCUUUGCCAGGUGUGAAGCCUCAGCAAAUGGAUGAAGCAAUGAGGAUUCCCAAGGAAACAAUAGACAUUCUUAAGGAUCAAGUAUUUGGUUUUGAUACAUUUUUUGUGACUAGUCAGGAGCCAUACGAGGCUGGAGUUUUGUUUAAAGGAAAUUUGCGUGGACAGGCUGCUAAAAGCUAUGAAAAGAUAUCAAUGAGAAUGCAGAAUAAAUUUGGAGAUCUGUAUAAGCUUUUUCUUUUGGUCAAUCCAGAGGAUGAUAAACCAAUAGCGGUUGUUGUUCCAAAGAAGACAUUGCAACCAGAGACAAUUGCUGUUCCUGAAUGGUUUGCUGCUGGUGCAUUUGGAGUAGUUACUGUGUUUACGUUACUUCUCCGAAAUGUUCCUGCAUUGCAGUCCAGCUUAUUAUCAACCUUCAAUAAUCUCGACUUGUUAAAGGAUGGCCUUCCUGGAGCUCUUGUUACUGCACUUGUUAUAGCAGUGCAUGAACUUGGCCACAUUUUAGUUGCAAAAAUUUCUGGCGUUAAGCUUGGGGUGCCUUUCUUUGUUCCCAGUUGGCAGACAGGCUCUUUUGGUGCUAUAACUAGGAUAACAAAUAUUGUACCAAAGCGUGAAGAUCUUCUUAAGGUUGCAGCAGCAGGACCUUUAGCUGGGUUUUCCUUGGGUUUUGUUCUUCUCCUUUUGGGAUUCAUCCUACCUCCCAGCGAUGGAAUUGGAAUAGUUGUUGAUGCUUCAGUGUUUCAUGAGUCAUUUCUUGUAGGUGGCUUAGCAAAGCUGCUUCUCGGUGAUGUACUCAGAGAGGGCACUCCCAUAUCUCUUAACCCAGUAAUAAUUUGGGCAUGGGCUGGACUUCUUAUAAACGCCAUCAACAGCAUUCCUGCAGGAGAGUUAGAUGGAGGACGAAUAUCCUUUGCAAUUUGGGGAAGAAAGGCUUCAGCUCGCUUCACGGGUUUGUGCAUUGUGCUGCUAGGCCUAUCCUCGCUUUUUAGCGAUGUCGCAUUUUACUGGGUGGUACUUGUAUUCUUCUUGCAGAGGGGGCCAAUUGCUCCACUCUCAGAAGAAAUCACGGAUCCUGAGGAGAAGUAUGUUGCUCUUGGAAUUUUAGUGUUGCUCUUAGGAUUGCUAGUAUGCUUACCCUACCCAUUCCCUUUCACAGAUGAAGUCAUUUCAAGUUUCUAGCCAUUCAUUACGCAUAUUCUCUUCUACCCUUUUGAUAGAAUUUUCAGAGUCCAUGCUAGAAGAAUUUGUCUGAAGAAAAUUGUUCAAAUAUAGCCAAAAUCUAAAUGAGAUCGACUUAUCAUGAAUAAUUUUUUAAUUUCAAGUUCAUCAAUGAAAGGUAAAAGGAGGAUAUAUUAGUUCAAAGCUGAA